UUUUCUCUUCCACGCACAAGCAGCCUAUCUCAACUCAAGCAGGCACGCUCGUCUUCUCUCUGCUGUUUUCUUUUUCUCUUUUUUUGCCGAGGGCAGUGACACGAUGUCCACGCAGCGGGAAAAGACCGCGUGAAGUCGACGACGGGCAAGAAAUGGAUGUAAUAACUUUCGAAAUGAGCUCUGAUGCUCAUUUGUCCUUUCAAUGCAUACUUUUGGACUUGCCGGUUUUACUUUUCUUAAACUGACUGGCACACUGGAGUUUGAUCCCCAAAGAUUGAUGAAAAAAUAAAUAAACAGGAUAUACGAAUUUGCAUAAGGUGAAUGAGAUGGACCCAGAAGAAGGUAAAGUCUCUGUGUGGGUCUGCCGGGAAGAGAAGCUGGUCUCCGGGUUGACUAAGAGGACCACAUGCACCGAUGUGGUGCAAGUUCUGCUGGAGGACCAGAACCUCCGGCAAGGUGCCUCAGCUGGGAUGCUGUCCGGACCCCCUCAGUCCUAUUGCAUGGUGGAGAAAUGGAGGGGCUUUGAGAGGAUUUUACCCAACAAGACCAAAAUUCUCCGUCUGUGGAGCGCCUGGGGGGACGAGCAGGAGAACGUCCGCUUUGUCCUGGUCAGGAAUGACGCGUCACUUCCUAACAAUGGGCCCCGGAGUGCUGAGGCUCGGGUGGUCCAACGUCGGGAGAAUUGGGGUCCUGGCGGGGUGAUCAGGGCCCCCGCUAGGAUCUGCUGGCCCGCUGCAACUACCAACUUGUCCCAGGAGAGGCAGAGGCGCAUUGUAAGAAAGGCCUUCAGAAAGUUGGAUAAGAUGAACAAAAAGAAAGAGCAAGCGCUUGGUAAAGACAAGAGCUCUGUGGAGAAGAUGGAAACUUUAGUCCACUUGGUCCUCUCGCAGGAUCACACCAUUCGCCAGCAGGUCCAGAGACUCAAGGAGUUGGAUAAGGAGAUUGAGAGCUAUGAGUCCAAGGUGCACUUUGAACGCAUGAAGCGACACGGGGUCAACUAUGUGCAGGACACCUACUUGGAGGACUCCUCUGCAUUCCCGGAGGACCCUACUGACAAAAUUGCUCCGGAAGCUCUGGCCCAGUUCGAACAGUAUGUGUGGCGUUGCGAGGAGGUUGUGCGGCUGCAGGAGGAGCUGGUGGAGCGAGAGGCGCUCAUGGAGAGCAUCACCGCAGAGAUCCAGGAGGAGCUCAACCGCAGGUGGAUGAAGCGACGGCAGGAGGAGAGGGGAGAAGAUGAAAAUAUGUUGGAAAUGUGCUUGUCUGCUCCUCCAGUGCCGGAGUGUGUGGCUGGAGGUGAGAUGGCGUUGGAGGAGGAGAGGAUCAAAACACAGCUGAACACCAGCCUCUACAUAGGCCUGAGACUUAAGACAGACCUGGAUGGCAUUAGGGGGGACUUGGACCUAAGUCUUGCACUCUGGGAGAGCAAGGAGACUGAACUGCUGGACCUACUGGCCAAAGUGGAGACUAUGGACCUAGAACUGGAGGACACCAAACCGGAUGAGGAUGAUGAUAUUGAUGCUGAUGAGGAUGAUGAUGACACAAAGGCAGAUGAAGAUGAGGGUGCAGUGGUGCCAGGGCAGAAGAGUGUCAUUUGGGUGGAGCAGGCCCGAGGUGUGUCAAAGUCUUGCAACAUCAACGACGAGGACUCGGACACAGGCCUGAGCUCCAUGCAUAGUCAGGACUCUGACAACCCUCCUGUGUGUGAGUCUUUGGUCUAAACCAGAUAACAUGGAUUCAGGAAGUGUGUGUGCUACUAACAACAGCCACAUGCUAUUAAAAUUGCAAAGUAAUUCAUUAAAUGUUAUCAGAUUAAGUUUGGUUUGAUAGGCCAUGUCUUGUCACUUCCAUGGGGUGAUUUUAAAAAAGCAGUGCUUCUUCAGGUGAUAUUAAAUCUGUGAAAGAAAACCACAUACAAAUGUAAAUGUAAUACAUUGAAUCCAUGUGUCAAACUUCAGGCCUGCCAAAUUAUUCCUGUACUACUAAAGCAAAUCAUGAAAUCGUCUUCACUUCAACAUUGAAAUAUGGAAAACAUGUUUUUGUUCCUAAACCCUUUUUUUUUUUUUAAAUAAACCAGACAGCAGUUGAACAAUUUUCUUCUGACUUUUGAUUUUAAAACUCAUUAUUCAUCAAUUUGUGUAUGGAAGAAUUCAAUAAGGCAAUUAACAUACAGCACAAUGGACAAACAGAAAAAUUAUCAUUUGGUCCUCACAAAAAUGAGUUCAACACAUUGUCCAAAAGGAAGUGGUAAGGAUUCUAGAUUGUGACAGCAUUGAUUCUGUGCUGAGCUGCCUGUCAUUUCGGCUCCAAUCACCAUAUUCAUUUAUUUCCCUAUUAACAAUCACACAAGGUCACAUAAAUGCAUUAUACAUAUGGAACCAUAUCCUUACAAAACAGGAGUAGGGAACCAGGACACUUGGGCUGAAAAAUCAUUUGAUCCAGCCCACCAGGCGCAAAAAAAAAUCCUCAGCUUGGUUUUGGUUUCAAAAACCCAAUUAUAACAUAACAAAAAAAUAUUUGUCCAAUCAUUAUAUCUACUUCAUACAUUUUGUAUACCUCUGGGGACUUCAUUAAACUUGAAGUGGUGCUGUCAUCAGUCUGCUUACUAUUUGGCAAGGUCCAGCUAAUACCACACUCCACGGUUAACAAUUUACUGUCACUAUGAAUCCCAGUAAUAAGUGGCAAAAGGAUUGCUUAGUGAACUGCGAGACGUGUCAUUAUUUAAUAAUGAUCCACUAUCAUUAGGGAGGAGUUCUAAAGCCAUUGUUGAGUGGGCCGGCUCACACCUUGGGAAGCACUAAGUCACUGUUUUGUUGUUAUCAAAUAACUUAUGACCUUAUUGUAUGACGGUGCUUGAAUAUGAGAUCCCUUCACUGCAGCCUGGUCUGAAAACAAACAUAACACACAUCUUAUGCUAUUAGCUGGCUUGUGUGUAGCUAAAUUAAGGAUAAUUUUGCGUGGCUCUCAGGCCACAACAUGGCAACAUCUAACGCUUUCAUAAUCAUCUGGCUCUAGAUCAGCGACUCAGAGGCUCCAUAUGCACUCAGAUAGGCAAUCAGCUCCACUGUGGUUGCAAUAUAGUGCAUAAUUACACAUGACUGUACAUGCCGUAAUAAACAGCAAAACCUCUGGCUUGUCGUGUCGCGUCUUUCAACACAAGUGACAUGUCUUGGAGCAUCUUCAGAUUUGAUUUUAUAUGUAACUCUUCUUUG